CGUUGAGAGAAAAGCGAUACCCAUCUCCCCUUCCCUUCGACAACUUGGAAGAGUAUCCGUCAAGGAGACAAGUCGACAAGAUGGCCCGCCGCCCCGCGAGAUGUUACCGCUACUGCAAGAACAAGCCUUACCCCAAGUCCCGGUACAACCGUGGUGUACCGGACCCUAAGAUUCGUAUCUUCGACUUGGGCCGUAAGCGUGCCAACGUUGACGAGUUCCCUGCUUGCGUCCACCUCGUCUCCAACGAGUAUGAGCAGUUGACCUCUGAGGCUCUUGAGGCUGCCCGUAUCAGCGCCAACAAGUACCUCGUCAAGAUGGCCGGUAAGGAAGGUUUCCACCUUCGUGUCCGUGCCCACCCCUACCACGUCGUCCGUAUCAACAAGAUGUUGUCGUGCGCUGGUGCCGAUCGUCUUCAGACCGGUAUGCGUGGUGCUUUCGGCAAGCCCAACGGUCUUGUCGCCCGUGUCAACAUUGGCCAGAUCCUCCUGUCUGUCCGCACCAGAGACUCUAACCUUGCCAUCGCUAUUGAGGCUCUCCGUCGCUCUCAGUACAAGUUCCCUGGUCGCCAGAAGAUCAUUGUCUCCAAGAACUGGGGUUUCACUCCCCUCCGCCGGGAGGAGUACGUCCAGAAGCGCCAGGAGGGCAAGGUCCGUGUGGACGGUGCCUACGUGCAGUUCCUUUCCAGCCACGGCCCCAUUGCCUACAACCUGGAGAGAUUCCCUGACGCUUUCGAGACCGCUGCUUAGAUGAUGGAAUAUAUCCUUCUUUCGUCUGCGCGCGCAUGCUUGUUCUCCCUUUGCAUCUCGUUGACGUCAUCUCUUUUUCUUUCUGGGGUAAAACAGGGCUUUGGCAGUACGAGUAGAUAUCAAUGCACUCAGUACUCGGUAUC